AUGAGUGAUAUCAGCAAGACCCGAGGAUUCUGUUUCUGUAAAAACUGUUUCACAAUUGAGGCAGAAACUCUUGACGGAUAUAAGGCAAGACCCAAGCAGGUUGAACAGACACCAGAAGGUCGCUUUUUCUGCCUCCACCUGACUGUCCUCAGCCACUUCAGCCCCAUGAGAUCCAAAGUCUUUGUCCUGCUCUUGGCCCUGGCACUAGCGACCAUCUUCAAUGUAGAAUGUGUCCAAGGGGGGCAACAGGUUGAUUGCAGCAGUUAUAAAAAGUUACCAAAAGGAGAAGAGAGAGCUUGUUAUAGAUUAUAUGCACCAAUUUGCGGCUCUGAUGGCCACACUUAUGCGAACGAUUGCUUCUUCUGUGAUGAAGUUGUGAAAACUAACGGGAAACUUAAAUUUGCACAUUUUGGAAGGUGUUGAAUCUAUUUGGAAAUUCUGAAAUAUCUUUAAUGAACCUAUCAGGACAGACACAUGCCACAUUUCUCCUUCCGUAUAAUCUAUGCCACAUUGAGUAAUCUUGUCCUAUCAUGUCUUGAUUUGAUUGUCAAAUAAAUUAGACCUAUCUGAAAUAUAUGUUUGAAUCAUUUUGUUUGGGAGUGGAAUCUUUUAGAUUUGCUUUAUUUUUCAGUGGUGGCAAAUAGGCCACCUUGGGGUGGACUUGGAACAAGAAAUUGUCAAUUAAGACCAGUAGUGGGAAUCAGAAAAUCAAAUGCCCUAAAGCUUCUGCCUUCUUCUUACCCAGGCUAGGAAAACACCCUCUGGGUGUUACUUAAUUCUUGUGUAUUCCUGAAACAAGAACAGAUAAUGAGGAAGACGUCAGGCACAAGGCUCAGGAAAUGCAAUUUUUCUAUAUGUCUCUUGAGUUUAAGAUAUUGAAAGUCAGCCCUGGAUUGGGCCUGAUCUCUGAUUGUUUCCUUACCAAAAGGCCUGUUUGUAAAACAUGGCUGGUAAAAUGUGGCCCCUAAAGUAGUACAACUUCCCAUGUAUUCGUUGAUGUCAUCCACGUUUUUGUUUUGAAUUCAGGUCUAGGGUCUGACACUUAUCCUACUAUUAGAUAAUGUGUUGACUUAGAGAGCAUAGGGUGUGUGUUGCUAAUUUUGUAAUACAUUUGUGCAUCCAUUCAAUCAACAAGCAUCUAUUAAUGCCUACUUUGGGUCAGUGUCUGUGUUAGGUUUGGGGGAAUAGUGAACAGAUAAGAUUUGGUCUGUGUCCUCUUUGAGCUUAUACUCUAGGGGGAAUUUUCCAUGCUUGGAACAACAUCUUGCAUAGACCUUAUACUAUAUAAAUGUUUUAAAAAAUUGAGUUGAAAAUUAAGCAACUUUUCCUUUGAAUUAUAGUGGAGUUACAUUAUGCAUGCAUACCCAAACCCACUGCAGUUGAGUUCAUUCUGACUGAUAGCAACCCCAUGGUACAGAGUAGAACUGCCCUGUAGAGUUUCUAAGGAGCACCCGGCCAAUUUGAACUGCUGAUCUCUUGGUUAGCAGUCGUAGCAUUUAAUCACUACACCACCAGGGUUUCCAUACAAGCAUAAGACAUAGGAAAUCUAAUUUUAUGUUCUCUGCAAAGAGAAAGAGAAAGAAAAUAGAGCCGA